AUGGUCUCUCCAAGAGCAUCGAAUACAACGUCCCCGUCUCCUACAACGAGGACGAGGACGAGGACGAGGAUGACGACCGGAGGAGGUGGCAACAACUCCUCCAAAGUUACAAAGCCCUCGACCAAAGGCCCGCGCGCCGGCCUCACCUUUUCCAAAGGUGGGGUCGCCAUCACGGGCUCUGGCCGCAAAAGGCGCAAGAACUACCCCGUGUCGUGGGGUUGCCCGACGGACAAGAUGCGCAUGAAGAAGCGUGUAUUGUGUGUGUAUGAUGGCCAACGCCGACUGUGGAAAGACGACAUGAUGCUUGACCAAGAGUUUGAAGUACGCAUGAAGUUACCAGACGGCAAAGCGUAUGUGACAGAUCUUGACGUGCAGACACUGAAGCGGUCAGAAGCCAUGCAUGGUGCCACCCCCGAGGAGAGGGGCCCAUGGAUUCCAGAUAAUGUGUUGGGCGCUGAGACGACCGUGCUAGACGACUUUUCUUUUUGA